UUGAACACUUCAACCACCUCUGAUGGUGAUGAUCAUCGUAACACGUCUCAGUACAAGGAGGCACUACAAAAUAUGGCUGCUCUGAUGACCGAUGUGGACCUGACGGAAGAUGUGAUGAACGAUUUGAAACAGCGCUUCGAUCUUAAAUAA